UUUUAACUGAGUGUUAUUGUACAGCAAGGUGCUCAACUUGAAGCAGGGAUUGCAGGAUGCCGCAUGCAAAAACCUGGAUGACACAAUUGUAAUGUAGGCACAUCAGUAGCUCUGACUGUGUCACUGCAAUCCAGCUUCACAAAGAAAAAGCAGCCUCUCUGCCCCAGAGAUCCUUUGCAUCCAAAAAAGUGGUAACCUGUAAUAGGGGACCCUCCCCCAUUACUGAGGAAGAGACAUGAGCUCUUUUAAACAGACUACAUUGCAUUAGGACCAGAGGGAAAGAGCCGGAAGAGGAAAAGGGCUGUGCAGGGGGAGGUGCCAAGAAGGAGUUCUGCCGGGAGACUCUCAGGGAGAUACUGAACACAAGGCUCAUUACAAGCCAAAUGUACUUAAGAGGUGCACACACGGCUCUCACUGAAGUCCAUGAGUUGUGAAUAUGCAAGUCUGGGGAGAUGCUGAUUGUUUGUCUUCAUAUCCGAGGCAGAAUGCCUAGUGAUUCACACAGUUAUGGCUGGACAGACAUUUUCAAAACUCUAAAGAGUCAGCUUAGUAAUUUAUAACUUUUUCAAACCCUUACCUUUCAAAUUCAAAUUUGUUAUAUUUGCUCUCAGACUGUGAAUGUUUACAAAGUAAAUUUUAAGAAUGUUUUAAGUCAACUGAAAUGACUUUUGUCACAACCCAGUGAUUUUGGUGCCUUGGCACGGUGGAAUUUUCCCGCCACACGAGAGCCUCUUGCAAAGCAAAGGUUUUCUGUUGCAGCAGAAAACCCCCGGGGCAAGAGAGUUCCUGCCAUUUGAAUGCAAAUUUAUGUCCCGCUAUUGGCCAGUUCUAAAUUAUUCCUACGUGACGGCUAGUAAUUGGCUUGCUAGCCGUUUAAAAAUUAGCGCGACUUCCGCCCAAGUUGGAGAACUUUGAGCACGCUGCAGAGUGCCUCUGAAGAGAUCUGACUCGUGGCUGAGCUGAUCGAUAGACUGAUCACCUAUCGAUUCUUCUCCCUGUCACCGAGCGCAAUCCCAGACGUAUCCUUUCCCCUGCUGGCUUGAUUUGUGGACGGACAUGCUGGCCUGAGCCCUGCCAGCUGGAACAACUAACGUAGUUGUUCAGACGACCGGACCGUUUUCGUCACAACCGCAAGCGACGUAAGUAAAGUUUUACAAGCAUAAAGCUUUCUCGGCCUCUCUAUUCACCAGCCCGCCCCAACGAACGAGCAAUUAUUAAAUCACCUUGAGUCGGCUUUGGCCGUCCAAGACAUGGCGACGAGGAUGGGAUUAAAGGGCACGGUGAUGGAGAAAAACCUAAUUAGGUGCUGCCCCUGGCACACCGGGAACCGCCACGUAGAGAAUGCCAACGAUCUAUGGGCGCAUAUCACUUACCACCAGGCGGUAGAAGGGGAUGAAAGAAAUAUUGAUGGUUACUUCUCCGUAAAGAGAGAAGAAGCCGUAGUGAAGGAAUGGAAAACUAAGCUAUCCCUUGGGGAGUUUGGAUGCAUAAUGGGGAGCGACCGGGUCUAUUAUCGACCCCUGGAGGAAACCUCAACCAUAUCCUUAGCCGGGGUGAAAGCGCGGAAGGCAGAGAAGCUGACCCCUGCUCAAGAGUUCGCUCAAUGCAUCCGAUACUUAAGGGAAGGGGGGGAAUCCACCCCCACGGACUGGUUUAACUGUCCGGAUUUGGUGCCGGAGUCGCGGGGUCAUGAGCUCCUCGUUCAGCUCCGGGAGGAUUUGGAAACUAAGGGCCGUCAUGUGCCGAGAUGGGGUCUAACUAAAUGGAAGAAGGGAAAAAUGAUGAAUGUGCUGUUCCGAACAGUAGCGGGUCUACUAAGGGAAUGCGCAAAUUUAGAGGCACAGAUGCAUACGAUGGGUAAGGAGUCGCUGGAGCAGGCAGCAAAAGGCUCUGGAGCAGCGCUUAUCUAUAGUGCCGGCCGCAUGAUGCCGCUGGCAGAAAAUGGCACCAAAAGAAGCGCGAGCCAUCUGGGGAACCUGGAAAGGAGGGGCGGAGUUUCAGAAGACCAGGCAGGGAUCCGCCUGGCGCCUCCGCCCCCUGAGGUGACAUCGUUCCCAACGGCCCCGCCUCCUUGCCAAGGGGAGGGGGCAAGGGGAGGAGAGAUGUACCCAACGCUCCCAGACAAAGAAUUUAACUCUUUCUCUACUGCAGCACACCCGAUAGCUGUGACGAAGCAUGUUGCGGAUGAAGAUGGUGCUACACGUACCACUGUUAUCUCACGCACACGCACCCGACCAGAAAUUCAAGAGCUUUGCAAGGAAUCUAAAAUAAGAUCAGAAGAAACCUUGGCAAUCUGGUUAGGGCGGUUAAUAGUGGAAUUCGGAUCUGACACCUUAGAUAAAGAAGAAGCGAGUGCCUUGACCCGACAAGCGGCGUGGAGCGGAGGACGUGCAACCGACUUGAAUGUGGUCACAGACAGUGCCCACUGGCCCAUCCCGCUCCCGGCGCUCGUAGUGGGACAGGUAACCCACAAAUUUCACACCUGGCACGAAGGUCAUCCACAGAAGGCUACUGCGGAGCAACUCCUCCUGGCUAUAGUUGGGGUGUCAUAUCUCUCAUGGAGCCCGAGAACAAAUCCAAUGGGACUAACCGCUGUGCAACGAAGAGGGAGAUGGGCUCAUCGCCACCUAUCGGACCCUGGGGCAAUCCCAACGCCCUUGGAAGCUAUAGAUGCCUGCGUGGAGGUAUAUGGAGGAGCAAAUGCUGUUACACUCCAACUCUUCUUGAACCCAAUGGCAGGUCAACUGGUGGGAAAUCUCUUAGGUCAUCUCCCACGUCUACAAGCACUUAUGAGGCAAAGUGAAGAAGUUUCUGAUGAUAUAAGGGACCAACCUUCAGCAUACCCAGCCAGAACACUGAGACCUAGACGGCAAGAGUACACCCCCCGGCGAGAACUAGGAUGGUCACCUCCAAGAACCCUGAAGGAAAGAACCAUGUUUGGUUUUCUUCUCUCCCGCACCGGACUUACAAAAUCUGUUAUGAGUUUUGGGAGAACGAACCCAAUAUCGUAUAGCCGAAGCAUUAGGAUUUAAACUCGAGGACCCAUCAAAAAACGAGUAAUGGCCGUCGGCUCUGCCGGCGGCCUUCUCCAGUUCAGACCUGACCCUACUGAUUCUCGACCAUACGCCGAACUCACUGUUUACAACCCUACCGAUCCGGAUGACCAACAACAAGCAUUCUUCCUUCUCGAUACUGGAGUUCAGACCAAUGUGAUUACCUCAAUGAUACCUCAUCAAAAGACCACCAAAAUGAUCAAGGUACAAGGGCCUAACGUUAUCGCCGUCGCAACGAAGGUCAAAUUUUGGGUCCAAGGCCACCGAUACCCCCUAGAGGCUGUCCUCUAGACGAAAGGAGAUCAGCAGAACCUGCUUCGCCUGCUAGCUACGGUUAAAGAUACACAACUCCAUGCCAUCGAUCUGGUUGAGUCACUAACCGUAACCCUCGGGUUUGCCAUCAACCAUGUGUGGGCUCGCAUAACCCUCACGAUGAACUAGUAUAUACAGCCCAUAAAACGCUUCAAGCGGCACAACAUCGAUAUGGAGCUGUAGGAAAAAUCCUCCUAGCCGAACAACUGGUGGAGCCUUUAGCAAGGGGGCAUGGGACGUUACGCGCUCCCGGUGCCACAUUGUUACCCUUGCUGGAUGCAGACAGAGUUGACCCACAUUUUCAGGGAGAAUCUAAGACUUGGAAUACGCUAGUGCUUUCCCAGCAUUACAACUGGCAUUGUUGGAGGUUGGAAGAUACGGUACCUGAUCCAAGCCCAGAAAAUGAGGAGAAGGUCCCUACAUUGUAUGGAACUUCUGCCCCGGCAUGGAUGGCCUCAGAUGGAACCUCCCGACAUGGCGGAGGCUAUGGAUAUUAUUGCAAAGCUUGCAACGAUAAGGAAAUCUUUCAAGCCGACCCAGAUGAUAAUUCGGCCCAAAAAUGUGAAUUAUUAGGAUUCCUUAAGGUACUAGAACAUUGUUUAACACAUCAUAACGAUACACUCCCAGUUCCGAUCAUCGCAAUUGAUUCACAAUAUAUUUAUAAAAUUCUUACAGGCACAGCUUUUCCCUCCGAAAACUUGAAUGAUUGGCAAGAUAUUUGGGAAACAUUAACUAAAUUUGUGCGCCUCCCGUUGAUUAGGCACACUAAGUCCCAUCGUCCAGAUACCAAUCCAGUGCAUGAGGUAAUUGAUAAGUUCUUAGAAGAUCCACUCCGAACCGACAUAGUCUUGCCUGUCACAUCUACCUCUGGUCCUGAAAUAAAUCCAUUCCUCGCGUGGCUUCAUGAAAAUUGGGGUCACCCAGGACCACAAGCUUGCCAUCAACGUUGGUGCCGAACCCUUACGGAGCCGGCCUCGUACAGAGCUCGGCGUGAUUGGGAAAAGGUAGCUCAGGCCUGUGAGAUGUGCUAAAGAAAAGUGCCAUAGAACCAAGCACCAACUCGGAGCUUUCGAUUCUUCACAGUUUCAGGCAGGAAAAGUUUGGCAGGUAGAUUUGCUGGGACCCCUCCCAGGGUCUAAGCCGCCAAAUAAAGGAUUAGUUGUUGUCAACUUGGGAACAAGACAGUUACAGGUUAUCCCCCUACGGAAAAGCAAUGCUACUGCUGUCAUUUCUGCUUUGACUGCUGUAUUUGCUACCUGGCAACCCCCUCAUGAGAUUCAGUCUGAUGGAGGACCCCCGUUUAAUUCAAACACUCUGGACAAAUUCGCUCAUCUUCAUAAUGUAGCCUGGCAUCUUCAUUUGCCGUACCACCCGCAGUCCAACGGUGUUGUGAAAAGACACAUAGGCCUGUACAAAGAACAACUUCGCCUUAGAGGAGGAGGGACAUUUAAAAACUGGACUAAAUUUAAUCAUGAUGUCCUUAUUUCACUAACCACUGCUAAACCGUUUUGGGACGAAGCUAAUGUCCAGAAACCUCCACCUUGGGAGCCCAAGUUCCAACCAGACGAGUUAGUGUGGAUCUCAAUACCGCACCCCCAUCAAUCUCAUCCACAAGUUCAUAAAGGGACCGUUCAACGAUCGGGACAAUAUCCUAAUACCUAUUCUGUCCAAUUAGAAGUGAAGCCCGAUCGUCCUCCUAUUAUCGUUUAUCACAACUGGAUGACACGCUGUUCCAACGUUCCCCCAGUAUCCUUACAGUAAAUCUAAUUAUGAGUCUUUUGUUUUGUGUUGUUGUUUUCUUUCUUCACAGGACUGACCCGAGAAAAGUAAUAAUCCACAACCGCCCGAUUGUGAGAUUCAUCGAGCACCAGACUGCAGUUCGUUCGAAUCAAUAGAGUGAUGGUUGUGAAGGAGACGCUGAGACGGCGAACGUCUAUCCGCUCAGAACUUACUAUAACACUAUUUUCUCAUUUUAUUAAGUAUUUUAUUGACAUUGUCUAUUAGUAGGAGAGGACGGACUGACUACCAGAUGAGAAGAGUCCCAAGCAGAUGUUCUCCAAUCAGACAAUGAUCAACAGUUGUUGUUAUAUGUUCAAAGUUAUUGUAUUUUGUAAUUUGUUGAAAA